GUUAUUCGCAAGUGCAUUGUCGAUAUAUUUUUACAAUUGUUAAUCUGAUUUUUUCCGAAGUGGAAAGAAUGGUUUUGGAGAUCAUACAUACACUGUAUAAUGAUUGUUAGGAAAAUAUCAGGAUAUUUGUCAUGCCACUUGUAGAUUAUACAGAAUGCUGAAGCACUUAUUGGAGAGAUAUUUCCUUUUGUCAGUAUGACAGUACUGCAUUAGGCCUACCCUUAUGUCUUGGAAAUCUCCUCCAACACAGCACAAAAGUUGGGGUGACAACAGCAUUGCAAUAGGUCCGCCCUACCUCCCUGAAAAUGAGUGAUGCUAGAUAUGACGCCGUCAAGUUGGGCAACGAAGAAAGCCAUGAUGAAAGCGAGGCAAUCGAAAAGGUCACCGAACUCAAGAAUGAUAAGACCCGUGAAAUUCCAGGCUUAAAAUCUACGGGCAACAGGAGAAGGAACAAAGUUGGGCUUAUACCCGUGAGAUACCAAUUAGCCCUUCUCUCAUUCAUCGGACUGACCUGCAUUGGAGCCAUGAGGCAAAAUAUGAGCGUGGCAAUGGUUGCCAUGGUAAACACUACUUACACUGGUUACAAACACACCGAUGAUCUUGUUAAAAGCAAUGAGGAGGUAUCGUCAUGCAAGGUUCGAGACAAUAACACCGAAUAUGCAGAUGAGACAUCAGGUGAAUUCUUCUGGAAUACGCACACCCAGGAGUUGCUGCUUGCUGGAUUCUUUUAUGGUUACCUGUGCACACAGAUUCCGGGUGGAUGGAUGUCAGAUAGAUUCGGGAUGAAGUGGGUCCUCGGCCUGGGUAUCCUGCUCUCCAGCGUAUCAUCAAUCCUUGGACCAUGGGCUGCAAGAAUGGGUCCUGUAUUCUUCUUCAUAACGCGAUUCCUAGCUGGUCUAGGUGAGGGCGUGGUGCUUCCUGCCGUGGCAUCCAUGUGGUCUCAUUGGGCCCACCCUUACGAAAGAAGUCGACUGGGCGUCACAACAACCUCGGGUCUCACAUUUGGAAGCAUCAUAAGCAGUAUCGUGGGAGGUUAUUUGGUCAGAUCCGAUAUCAUGGGAGGUUGGCCAUUCUUAUUCUACGUUCUUGGUACAGUUGGUUGUAUCUGGUUUGUUUUGUGGUGUGUAUUUGUUUCUAGCCAGCCAUCAAACCACCGUUGGAUAUCGCGGCAAGAGCGGGAAUACUUAGAAAAUAAUCUAAAAAUACAGUCAAAGAUAAGCAAUAAAUCCAUACCGUGGUUGUCUAUUCUUUCCUCACCAGUGGUUUGGGUAUUGAUGCUAUGUCAGCUCAUCCAAGGAUGGGGUCUCUUUACCAUCGUCACAAAUCUCCCUCUAUAUUACACCAAAGGGCUGGGACUAUCAGUCGAACAGGCUGGAGUUUAUUCAGCGAUCCCCUAUGCACUUCAGCUAAUCUGCAAUUUUGUAUCAGCCUUCGUAGCAGAUGUGAUAUUAUCACGGAAAUACCUUGGUCUGAGUCAUACGAGGAAAUUAAUUACCGCCACAUCAUUUGGUGGUUGCGCAGUCUUCCUUGCCUGUGCUGGAUUUGCCCGAUGUAAUACCAUUGCAUCAGUGACAUUAAUGACGCUGAGCGUUGGUAUAAAUGGAGCAGCCUAUUCGGGUUACUACGUGUCAAUGAUUGAUGUAGCCGGUAGUUACGCUGGUUCUGUGACGGCGCUUGCGAACGGCGCCGGUGGCCUCGGAGGCGUCAUCGGCCCAUUGGUCGUUGGCGAAUUAACAGAAGUUCAGUCUGACAUCUUUGGUUGGCAGUCGGUAUUAUGGAUCCUGGCUAGUCUCUAUUCUAUUGCUGCCUUAGUGUACACUUUGGUAGCCUCGAGCAAGCUUCAACCAUGGGCGAGAACGACUGAAUUUGACAGAAAUGGCUCAAUGAUACACCAUGAAGACUUGUAGACAGUUAACGGGGCAACGAAAUUGUAUUUUCUUUAUCUUUCUAUAGCAACUUUCAGCAAUGAGAAUUAUUGUAUUAUGUACAAUAUAAUUAUUAUAUACAACGCAGGGCAUUUUAUAUUAAACCUUUUGCCCUAUCUGCCUAUGUUAAUUUACACACAUGUAUGUUAAAAUUAAUUCAAGCAAUAUUUAAAGUUGGAGAGCGUUCAUCAAAAUUUGUUAUUAUUGUGACAAAUGGUCAGAUCUGACAACUUUCCUCCACUUUGAUUGUCUGAGCACUACGGCAACUAUGAAAAAAAUAAGAUAUUUUCGCAAUAGGAUAACAUUCAACAAGACCUUUAAUGAAAUGUCCCCUCGAACAACAGAUGAUUGUCUUUUUUUCAAUUUAAAGCUAUGUCUUGCUGGAAAGAACACAGUGUCACACAGUGUGAUCACAGUGUGUUCACAGAGUGGACAACAGUGUGAAGAUAUUUUCACACUGUGGACACAUCGACAGUGUGACUAUUCACAGCGUAUUCACAGUCAUGGUCGACUAUGUGAUUCACACCGUUGAAAUGCUCAAAUGUGGAGGUGUGGAGGUGAUUUUGAAUUGCGUUCCACACUGUGAACACACUGUUUCACAUAAUGUGUGAUACUGUUCUUUCCAGUAUGGUUGCAUCUCGCUGGGCGUUGUGGCGUGCGUCUCUAAUCCAAGCUCUGUGGGAGAAGUUACAAAUUGAUGCAGAGGUUCGGGGUUCGAGCCCCGGUCACGUCUUUCGGAUGGUGACGUUAAAGGUCGGUACCAGACGUAAAUAAAAUCUGAUUGGUACACGUCUGAAAAAAAACCCUCAAAUACACACACACACGGUGCAUCUCGCGCCCUAUUAAUGAACAGUACUUUUGUUUUGUUAUUACUUUUCUCACUGGAAUAAUACGAUUUUUCCAGGCAUAUCUCAGGGAUACUGUGAGAUUCACAAAAUGAUGAUACAUUCCUUUGCAAGAUUGUUUGAUUCAUUUCAUUGUAUAUGGCACAUGCUAUGAUAUGCUCUUACUAUGUAUUUAUUCAUGUAUACCAUCAAAUAAAGAUACUAUCAAAAUAUAGUAAAUAAACACU